AUGUCGACGGAUGGUCGUAGCAAGAUCGCCACCAUAGGCGAGGGCGGCCAUGUUGUCUGUGCGGAGUUCAAGCAGGCCAUGUACCCUUUCAAGUGGAGAAAGUACUUGUGCGCGGAAUGCGGGGCGCUCCGCGAGGAGCACGGCGUGAACAAGGCAUGGGCCAGGGCGGAUGACGGCAUGGGGAUCACGGAGGAGCAGCUGCCACCGCGCAAGAGGCUCAUGCUCAGGUACGAGCGGGAGCAGAAGGCCCUUGCUGCCGCCACGGAGAAGGGCAAGGAGCAGGAGGAGUUGGAGGAGUCAGAGGAAGAGGAGAUCAGCUGGAGCCCACCAGCUGCGACGGUCACCAAGGGGAAGAGAGCCCCGAGGAGAAAGCGCGCGUGA